AUGCGAGCCGCGACCAAGACAGCGGAGCCGCAGGACCGACGGCGGGAAGGGACGGCCGAGGAGACCCCGCAGCCCGUCGCGCCACCGCGGGGGCCGAAGCUCGCGGCGCCCACACGCCCCUGCCACCCUAUGGCUCGCCGGGCUCCUGCCCUCGGGAUGACCGCCGAGGAAGACCGACCGCACGCAGCGGCUUUCCGCGAGGCGCGGGCGGACACCGGCGACCACCCGCGAGGCGUCCGGUCCCGGCUCCGUGACAGCGGCCGGCGCUCCGCCACCGCGAGCCUUCACGCCCGGCAACGCUUCAGAUCCGACAAAUCCUCACAGAGGCAACCCAAGCGAUCCCGGGGCUCGCUCCCUUCCCUCCCCGGGGCCCGCACCUCCCUGCGCGCGAGGGUGCGCGGGCGUCUAACCCAGACCCCGGUGCCGCCCCGGCAGGACGCCCCGUCGAAGCCCCAGGGGGGCGCCCGCUCCGCGGUGGAAACGCCGGCGGAUGUGGAUCGCCGCGAUCCCCGAGGCAGCCGAGACGCCAGGCGAGGUCCCGACGGGCCCGAACCGAGGAGCAGGGGCGCGUCGCCACCACAGACCGGGCCGCAGGCUGGCGGCGACCGGCGGGGACAGACGCCGCGCUCCCCGCCCUCGCCUGUGCUCUACCGCAAGGCCCGAAGGCCGGCGAAGGCCGGGGGUGGGGGAGAGAGACGGACACACCUGGCGGGGACCCUCGGCGACCGGCUCCCGUGUCCGCGCGACGCCCGUCGGACUCUCCCAGCCUUCGCCAACGCCCCUCCUCCCGCCCCAGGGCCACCUCCACGUUCCGCUCCAACGUGGCAGCCGCAGCCCCUCCCCGCCGCCGGCCGGCGCUUCCGGGAGCGACGCCUCGCCCCGCCCACUCCGGCGCGCGGCCCGCUGCCGCACUUCCGGGAGCGACGCCUCGCCCCGCCUACCCCGGCGCGUGGCCCGCUGCUUCACUUCCGGGAGCGGCGGCGAGCGGAGGCUGAGUCCGGUUGCGCGUGA